AUGGCACACUUCCACCUGGCCGAGUGCUAUCGCAAAGGGCUUGGAGUUGACCAAGACCACACCAAGGCUGUCGAGUUGUACCGCAGUCUGGCAGAUCGUGGAAUCCCUCAGGCCCAAGUUGCCCUCGGUCGAUGCUUCGAGAAUGGCGAAGGUGUCGACCAAGACUUUGACUCAGCCAUCGAGUGGUAUUCCAAGGCUGCCGCCCAAGGAUAU